GAGGGACUUUUGAAAUUCAACGAAUAUUGCUAGUGUCCGGGGAAGUAUUAGCAAGCGGCAUUUAGCUAAAGUUGAACUAGCAUGUUUUUAUAGUUUCCUUUUUUUGUAGCUAUUGACUGCUUACUCCUACUCAUAGAAAUCGUAUUGUGAUAGCGUUAUUAGAAAAGUAAUCUCUGUGUACAGUUACACUGGAUAGUCCUUAUGUAUGCUAGUUUGCUACAUUAGUGGUCGACGUAGAUGCUAGCUAGCUAGGGUAACACCUGCUUGGGAGCUGCUCUGUGUUUGUUUAAAGUUCUGCAUAUAUUAUCAGACGGUGGUCGCUGUCGGUCAUUGUUGUCGUAAUAUAGUAGAUGAUGUACUCUUCUGCCAGGCAGACAAAGGACAUGAACCCUCAAAGGCCUGAAGUGAAGUUGAAUGGUGCUGGCCCAAAACGGAUUCCUGUGUCACAACAGCCACUGAUGAGUCAGAAAGUUGAAGUUACACCAACUCAGCACCACCGGGUCCUAGGUGUGUCAAAUGGACCUCAGCGUAUUCAGCGGCCUGUGAGCCAUCAGAAACCGGUGUCUCAUGUAUCAGUUGCCGUCAAGUCCACACAGCCCUCUGAGAAUGUGGACCCUGCUACCAAGACUGUAAAUCCUGCACCACUGCCCAGACCUGGUUCCCAGCAAAAUCAGCCGAAAACAAACAUGCCCAAGGUAAACCCGGAAUCGGCAAAACCACUAUCAGAAGCAGCAAAACUAGAGAAACUGCAGAGCAUACCCACCAAGAAUGAUUCUUCAAAGACCUCUUCAUCAAAGGAGCGAUGGUGCUUAGAAAAUUUUGACAUUGGCCGUCCAUUAGGAAAGGGCAAAUUUGGCAAUGUCUACCUGGCCAGAGAGCGACAAAGUAAGUUCAUCUUGGCCCUGAAGGUGCUCUUCAAGAAGCAGCUGGAAAAGGCUGGGGUGGAACACCAGCUGAGGAGAGAAGUAGAGAUCCAGUCUCACCUCAGGCACCCCAAUAUCUUGCGCCUCUAUGGAUACUUCCACGACGCAUCUCGUGUGUAUCUCAUCCUUGAGUUUGCACCCAAGGGAGAACUUUACAGUGAGCUACAGCGCUGUGGAAGGUUUCCUGAAGACAGAAGUGCCACUUACAUCAUGGAACUCGCAGAUGCCUUGAACUAUUGCCACUCCAAGAAGGUGAUCCACAGGGACAUCAAACCAGAGAAUCUGCUGCUGGGGGCCCAUGGAGAGCUAAAGAUAGCAGAUUUUGGCUGGUCUGUUCACACACCCUCUUCCAGGAGGUCCACACUGUGCGGAACACUGGACUACUUGCCUCCAGAGAUGAUUGAGGGAAAAACUCAUGACGAAAAGGUGGAUCUGUGGAGCCUGGGUGUCCUUUGCUAUGAGUUCCUGGUUGGAAAGCCCCCCUUUGAAGCAAAAACUCAUGAGGACACCUACCGCCGGAUAUCAAGGGUGGAGUACACUUACCCCACACCAGACCUUAUCAGUGCUGGUGCAAAAGACUUGGUUGCCAGGCUGUUAAAGCACAACCCAAUGCACAGACUCCCCAUCCAGGGAGUCCUGUCACACCCCUGGGUGGCUGAGUUCUCGACCAAGAAACCCGUAACCGUGAACAGUGAAGAGCCCAGCCAAUGAGCCUUGUUCCCUUCCACUAAAUGUGAUGGUGGAGCGCUGCAGGACACAAUCUGCACAAAGGUGUGGGAACAUCAGAAUCAGCUUGUGCUACAACACUGGUUUUGACUGUAAGUCACUUGUCUGCAGGCAUCUUGAGCCACUUGAUCAUCUUUUUGUUUUAUUUUCUUAUUCUGUUCAGUAUUUUUCUAACAAUGGCAUUUUAUUGCCUGUAAAUAUGUUUGUUUUUGUAUAAUUGAGGUUUUAUUGAGCUUUCCUUUAAAUGUCAUUACUUGAAAUAAAAAGUAAAUUAUC